AUGGGCGCACACUACAUCUUCCUGGAAGCCGCGAGGCACGACAGGGAAAAAGAAGAAUUCUAUCUAAUCCCACUAAUCGAAGGCGGGGUCUCGUUGACGAUCACAGAGAGCCACGCCGUGCCGUGCACCUCCAUGCUUUCCCGGCUAUGCGAAAUGGACCGCCCCGCUCGCGCAGACAACUGGGAUUGUGCACACGAGGCCCUCGCAUUGGCUUACUUGGUAAUGAAUCGGGCGGCUAGGAAAUGGGGAGAAUGUGGGUACGGAGAAGGUCGCCUUACGUGCGAAAUUCGUUGGCUUCAUAUCAUUGAGUUUAUAGACUCGUUGGUAGCUCGGCGCAGGAAUGAGCCUCCUGGGAUGGAAACCCAGCUGCGUAUGCGUCAUAGGAGGUUCCUAGGGACGCUCAAGGAGGAGUAUGGCAUUGCUACAGAUGCAAUUCCUCCCAAAAGGUCAAAAUGGCUAUAUUGGAGCCCAAAGAGUUCUCGAGCGGUACACGAAGGGUGGCCUUGA